AUGUGGUUGGAGAAUCAGAUCUGUGAUUCCGAGUUGGUGCCCAAUCGGGCUAACUUAGCCUGGCACAUAUGACUUAAGUUCAUCAAGUGUGAGAAAUGGUUGACACUUGAGUUGACUUGGGCGCAUCAAGUGUAUGCAUGAUCUGCUCGUUGACCACUAGUCUGCUCAUGAUUUCUUUCCAUUUCUCUUGCUUCUCUUGGAUUCCCUUUUGUCAUUUCAUGAUCACCCAUGUGUAAUGUAUGGAUGAUGGCGUCUUCAGGGCAGAUGAGGAGGUUGUCGAUCCGAAGCAGUAUCUCGAAGAAAGAUGCAAACCCAAGUGUGUUAAAUCAUGGAUAGAAUAUGGGGUAUGCUCUGGAUUGCUUCUCAGAACUCUUCCUGCUCAGUCGCCGCCAUUUUCUCUUCUAUCCUUUUAAGAAUAUUUAUACUGUAAUAUCUCUCUUUUUUUCCAUAUUGGGAUUAUCUUACCUAGAGAGAUGUUUUCCUUAGAAAUGCGUUGACCGGGUCAAGGAGGACGAGACCGGGCACAAACACUGCACUGGGCAGUACUUUGAUUACUGGUCGUGCAUUGACAAAUGUGUAAGUAAUAACCCAUUGUAAUAAAAAUUAAAAUUAUUGUUUUAUUUUAUUUUCUCAUUAUGAAAAAUCUGAUAUUUCCGCUGGCAAAUGGGUCUGAAUCGCAGGUGGCCCAGAAGCUCUUUGAGAAGCUGAAGUGA